ACACUAUACUUCAAUAUACAAUAUUCUCAACAUUCAUUGAUUAAUUAACCAAACUCAUUAUUUCACAACAUCUAUGGCUGAAAUUCAACACCAUGCAGCUACACUAGCACGUAGUGAAUCCAACCUUUCAAAAUCAAAAGUUUACAACAUGGAUGUUGAAGGAAAAGGAGAAGAAGUAGAUGAUGAAAAAGAUUACACAAAAAGAGCACAAUGGCUUAGAGCAGCUGUUUUAGGUGCAAAUGAUGGUUUACUUUCAACAUCAUCACUUAUGAUGGGUGUUGGAGCCGUAAGACAAGAUGUUAAGACAAUGAUUCUCACUGGAAUUGCUGGUCUUGUAGCUGGUGCUUGUAGCAUGGCAAUUGGAGAAUUUGUAUCCGUUUAUUCACAAUAUGAUAUUGAACUUGCUCAAAUGAAAAGACAAGGAAACUACAAUACUCAAAAAGAUAAAUUACCUAAUCCUUAUUACGCCGCCUUCGCCUCGGCCAUCGCUUUUGCCCUAGGCGCGUUUGUGCCGCUACUCGGCGCGGCGUUUGUGAAAGAUUAUAAGGUUAGGUUGGGAGUUGUGGUUGGUGUUGUUAGUCUUGCCUUGUUUGUUUUUGGAGGGUUGAGUGCUAUUCUUGGGAAAGCACCUUUGGUCAAGUCUUCUUUUAGGGUUUUGAUUGGAGGAUGGUUUGCUAUGGCUCUUACUUUUGGUUUAACUAAGCUUGUCAACCGUGUUGUAAUUUGAUCAUUUCAACUUUUAUUUAUUUCUUUUCCACCACUUUAAUUUUAAUAUUUUAUUUCACAACUUCCUUGUUAGAUAAGUUUAGUUUCAUGGUGCACAUCUUUUGUUUUUUUUUUAGAUAUAAAUUUGAUGUAUCUUUAUAUAUGGUUUCAAGAUUUCAUUUUGAAUUAAUAGAGAUAAACAACUUAUUAGUGAA